GUACGGUAAUUCUUGUAGUGUGUGUGUGUGAUAGCAUAUAGAACCUCAACCUUUUGUGUGAUUAAGGAGAGGUUCAAGAGAAGAAAAAUUGUCAGAGGGUCUGUUUUGUUAAAGAUCUUCGUAAAAAAAAACGUUAUCUCUACCGCCACAUUACUGAGUAGAUUUAUUGCUACACAUGAGCAUUCCUCUCUAUCGUCAAAUUGAUAUUUAAAGACGCCAUUCUUUGCUUAAAAACCCUUUUACGUAUCGUGAAGUCUAAUGUGGCGAUACAUCAACACACUCGCACAGAUCGAAAGGAUUCAUCGAUCACAUUAAUUCGAUCAAGUUGUAGUGCCAUCUCUACACGGGUCCGUAAAUUAGAGUCGCUGGACUAAAUCAGCUGACGUACAGAACAUCGCAUAUUGUAGUGUUGAAUCAGCUGUUGAUGCUAUUACGAUGUUACGUCGUGUCUUUGAACUUUCUAUUGCGUAUGCUGCCUGCAGCUUAUAAACACAAAGGAAGAGUCAAGGUACUGAAAUGCUAAUUGUGUGGUAGUGUUGAUAUGCUGUAUUGUUCAGCUGUUCAUUGAGAAGGCUGCUAAAAUUGUUGAAUACUGUGAAAAUAGAUAAAUUGCUGAAAACGAAACAUGUGGAAGCACCUUCAGCCAGGAAGUUCUCCUGUUGAUUGGUGUGAGGGGAACUACUUGAUUUCUCCUCUCAUUGCUGAAUUUGUUAAUACAUUCAGCAAUGUUCUGUUCUUCCUGUUGCCUCCUGUGUUGAUUCAUCUCUUCCGAGAAUAUGGCCGGUUUGUGAAUCCGGCGAUCCAUGUGAUCUGGAUCUUGUUGAUGGUGGUAGGGAUGAGCUCUGCAUAUUUCCAUGCUACACUUAGCCUCAUUGGUCAGCUGCUGGAUGAAUUAGCUAUACUUUGGGUCUUCAUGGCUGCCUUCUCCAUGUUUUUUCCAAGAAGAUUCUUCCCUUAUUGUUUUCAAAAUGACAGGAAGCUGUUCAGCAUGGCUGCUGUUGUUUUAGCUGUUCUUGCUACAGGAUUGGCUGUUUUACAUCCAGCUGCUAAUGCAUUUGCUCUUAUGACUUUGGGACUACCUGCAUUCUUUCUUUUGAUUCAUGAGCUUAGACGGUGUCGAUGUAGCCGUGUGUACCGUCUUGGAAUUCGUUGCGCUGCAAUUUGGCUGCUGGCCGUAACCUGCUGGAUCAAUGAUCGCUUGUUCUGUGAUGCGUGGUCAGCCAUAAACUUUCCGUACUUGCAUGCAUUUUGGCAUGUGUUCAUCUUCAUUGCAUCAUAUACAGCCUGUGUACUGUUUGCAUACUUCUCUGUCAAGGAUGAACAACCGCAUCAAACACCAGUUCUUAAAUACUGGCCUCGUGACAACUUUGAGCUUGGGAUUCCAUAUGUAACACUACGCUGCUAUUACAAAUCUGACAGUAACCAGAUAUAACUUUACAGCAGGUAAUGUGAAGAUCACAGCCAUCUGGGAUAAUGUGCAAGUUAACCAACAUUUUAGAGGUAUUAACCACCUCUGAAACGUCAGUCAACUUCUAUGAGAUUACAUGGCACAUUAUUCCAGAAAGCUGUCAUCUUCGUAUGCAUACCCAUGAGAACCUGAAAUCUCACAAGUAUGAUCUUCAUAUGUAAUUAUAUUUGUAAUGUGAGUGGAUAUUUACUUUAUUCAAUUAUGUAAUUUUGUAGCAUACAAGUAGAUUUCUAGAUACAUCGACUCUGUGAAGUAGUUUGUGUCACAACCAGUACUUGAAAAUUAAGGUACAAAUGUGGCACAUAUACUUUCAUAAUGUAGGACAUAUCAGUUGCCUGAAGGAAAUGAAUUAUAAUGUUAAAAGUAAAAUUAAUCAAAUACAUUACGGAAUAGAAUUAUUUGAAAUUUAAUAUGACAUCUUGUUUGUCAGUUGCAGAUUGACUUUAAAUCUGUUUCAAAUUUGUUACAUUCAUUGUUAUAAUAAUUAUCUUUAGCAAUCAGUUUGACAGUGAUAACUGAUAAAUCAUAGCUAAGCUUGUGAAAUUUGACAAGGAGUCAUAACAUGCACAUAAAUUGUGCAUGUGUUAGUCAACAGUUAUAACUAAUAUGUUCUUGCCAAAAAUAUAAUAAUUAAAAAUAGAUUCUAAUAACAAUACAUUCGGUAAGAAUCACAAAUAAUAAUAAUAAUAUCACUUAAAUGGAAUUCAGUCACAUGACCAUCUGCACGUUAACCUAAAAUGCUAACUUCUGAGCUACAUUGCAAUUCAUUGCUAAAUUGUAUACUUAUAUUAACUAAUUAUAACAUUAACAGCAUAAGAUCUAUAUGGUUAGAAAUCUCUUGAACAGGAAAGUGGAAUUUGUGUUGUACCCGGUAUUCCAUGUUUUACUACACUAGUCAGUAUGAUAUUUGAAUAGGCACUCUUUCUGUUACUCUGAGCAUUAUAUGGUGAUAAGUGAUCUUUUCAUAUUAUAUUUUUUUUAAAAUGUUUACCCUCCUUUAAUAGAAUUUUAUUCUUUAGUCAUGUAGUAAUCAGUCCACUCAAAAGUAUUUGAUGUGUUGAUUUAUUGUUAGUUUCUUUAACCCUUUGCAGUCCUUUAUUAAAUUCUCUGUGAUACUAUGUGACUCUUUAUGUAUUUUCUUGGGCCCCUUAAAUUAAGUAUUUCACUUUGGAUAUGUUACAGCUCCAAUGUGAUAUUAUUAUAUAUAUAUAUAUAAAAUGUAUUGUGGGGGCUUUCUAGUGUUUUAUUGUGAUAUGUUGGCCAGGUAUAGUUUGUAGAAAGAAAAUUUGUGUGAUAUUGGUGAAUGAUGCCCUCAGUUUCAUUUGUCCCUACUUCCAGAAGUGUCAUGUAUUUCUACACAGUUUUCCAUGUUUAACUGUUUUUAAGUACAGAAAGAAACAUAAAAAAAUUACCAUUCCCCUCAAUUUUAUUGAAUUAAGGUUUAUAAUAUUGCACCUUUAUAUAAAGAUUCAUAAUUAAUAAGGGAGUAUAGUAACAUACAGUGGUUCUUGACUCAUGCAUCCUAUAAUGUAUAUUUUUCCAAAGUUUAAUACUCUUUCAUGAAUUUCUCUUUAUGUUCAGUAUAAAUACAGUUAAGAAUAUAUUAUAACACAUUUCCUUUGGAUGAGUGGGAAUUUAUGUUUAAACACAUGGAAGUUGUACAAUGCAAAAAUUUCAUUAUUACCCUGUGGCACUACAGAGAGUAUCAGAUUUGAUGAUGAAAUAUAGAAAAAUGUAAAGGGACCUGAGAAUGGCAACUUUUGUUAUAAAACGAUUAUAAGAGAAUGAAUAAUUGUGUAUUAAAUCUUAGUUAAUUUACCAUUGACUUACAGUGGAUGAAAUAUAAAUGAAUGAGCCAUGUUGAAUAUAUAUUUUAAUAGACUUAAGAUGACUAUUUCCUUUCAUAAUGUACAUAUGUAUGUAUGAAAGAAUGUGUGUUAUUUCAAAUAGUGUAGUAAAUAUUUUGAAGGCUUAUGUGUUUUAGUGAAGUUUUAUAGUUGUUAAUCAUUUCAUCUGAGAACACUGAAUAUCCUUCAGUUUGAAGGUCGCGAUUUGAGAUGGUGUUUAGUUUCAUUCAAGUGUUGCAAGUUGCCCAUCCCCUUCAGACCUAUACUUGACCUUGAAAAACGCAAGUAAUGUUGUGGCAUUGUUUAUAUCACAGCACAGUAACCUUGUACAAAUAACCAUACUGUUUUCAGUAAACCAAGGUGAAACUAGAAAAGAAAUUCACAUUAAUGUGAUCUAAUUGUGCCAACUUCAUAACUGGCCUGUCAAACUAAGUAUUAGAAAUUUUUUUGUGGUGAAGAAGAGCAUUUUCUCAGAAAAUAACAAUUUCAAACAAAUCAACUGUCACUCCAAAAAUUUAAACAACUUGUUUUUUGUUUUGUUUUUAAUAUAUAGUUGGUUACUCAACUGACAAAUGACUCUUGGUACUACACUGACAGAAAGUCAACAGAAAUUAUCAUUUGCUACUUACAGGGGAAAAUUUCAACCCCAGAAUUGAAAUCCCAAUUGUGAUCUUGGGGUAUAAUAACUGCAUAUAAAAAUAUGUUUGGCAUAAUUAGAUAAUAAAUUAAUUAAAAUAUACCUGAUAUACUAUCACUUUCAUCCCUUUGUGUGGAACACUUUGAGAAAGGCAAAAUCGUAAUUACCCAAAGCAAAAAAUUUUCUAGCCUAAUUUUUGGCACCAAAGUUGAACACUGUACUAAAUCCUCAGGCAGUUCCAUCCAUCUUCCAUUCUUGUAACCUGUCUUCCUAAAACCAUCUUAAUGUUACCUCCAACCUCCUCUUGUUUUCCAGAUGGAAAUUUUUCAAGAGGUUUCUCCACUAAAAUUCUGAAUGUAUUUUUUGCCUCCUUUGGUCUGAUGACAUUAUGGAUGAAGGUUAAAUUCUGUUCCAUAAGCAAUCCAGAAUGGAAUCAAUAUUUUGGGUGAAAUUAUUUCUUGAACUGAAAUAACUAAAAGACGUUAUAAAUUUUGUACUCAAAUGUCUGGUUGCACAAAUAUGAUAAAGGCCACACUAUGCUGAACAUCUUGUCACACAGCCAUUUUAGUUGCCUGUUUAAAAAGCAAGACUGUGGUGCAUGUUAUAGUUGGAAAAAUAUGAAUUUGGAAUUUUAAAUAUGUUAUCUCAAAAUUCAAAAUAGUGGUGCCAUCUUUCAGCUUCGUGGAGCUCCGUCGUGAGUAUUUUCUAGAGCAGUGGAUUAGAACGAAGGUUUACAAAGCUUAACCACCUCAAUUUCCAGGUCUUACUCUGGUACCCUUUUACUUUUGGGACUACAUAUGGACAAAAUCAAAGACUUGGGCCAUAUUAAAUAAAGAAUUGGGGACUAAGCUAAUCUGUGGCCGCAGACGUUCUUACUGGGUAACAAGAAUUCACUUGUUAGAUGUAUGAAGAUUAACAAAGUAGGCUCACAUUGAACCAGUGUUUGUAUUUCAUUCAACGUGUUUGAUGUUCCUAGCGUACAUUAUCAAGACACAGAAAAACCGUGUAUGAGCGAAUAAACUGUAUAUCAAAAUAUUUCUUGAUAAGUAUCGGUAAAAUUUGUAUAAUUACCGACUCCUGAUAUAGUGAAAGUAUUUAAAAUUGUAAUGCUGGUAUACUUUUAGGGUAUUCUAUUUUAGAUUAUUGUAUGCAUUUGUAAGAUUGCUCAUGUGUCUGUAAUGAGAGGCAGUACCUUUAUACUGUAAUUUAAGAAAAAUCGCUAUUCUGUUGUCAACUCUUGCGAAAUAUUGCCACGUGGUGAUAAAUGACACAGUACAUGCGCACUCUGUUCUUUGAAAUGAAAACAUGCACUUCAUGUGUAGUUGAUAUAUAUAGUUAUAUAUUGGAUUUGUUUCUUUUUUAAUAGAAUUAACAGUUUUAAGACAUUUAAUGGCAGUAGCUUUGAUGUAAAAAGUAUAACGGUGCUAAAACCAUAUAGAGACUUUACUUUUAUGUCUAAUUUAUACCAAAAAUGCAUAGCCAAAGAUAGUAGUUUUUAUAUGUCUUUAUCUUGUGACUCCUUUUGAUAUGUGUGUUGAUAAAUUGUCACCGUUCUUUGUGGUUGAAUCUGUUAUAUUUAUAUCAGUGCACUGGUAAUAUGUGCUCAAUGACUGAAUAAAAUGACAUGAAGACUUUUA